AUGGAGUAUCCUAAGAUGUUAACAAACUUGAAUCUUGAAUCAAAGAAAUUAAUUGAUCUAUUUAUACAAGAUUGGACUGAAAUUAAGAGAAAAAUUGGUACUGGAUAUGAUGAUGAUGUCAAAAACAUUGACAAUGCUAUGUCAGAUUUAAUAACUAAUAAUGGAUUCGUUGCACUUAGUUGUUAUUCAAUUAUUUGGAAAAGACUAAGUAAUAAUAUUGAAGAAAUUAAAACCAAAAUUUGUGACAAUUUUCAAACUUUACAAAAUUCUUGGCAAAAUGAAAACGAAAAGUAUAAAGUAAAUUUCCCAAGUCAAAUGGAUAAAGCUAAUCAAUUAAUUAGCGCAGUUGAAACAAAUCUUAAUAUUAACUUUUUUGACGAAGCAGAGAAUUUACAAUCACUUGAAAAUAAUUUAAGCCAAAUUUUAAAAGAGAUUAAAGAAUAG